UAUUACUCUGUGCCAGACCUGAAGCUGAUUUACUCUGCCGAGUUAGGAUUAUGACACCUUGAUGUCAGAACUUCAACAAGGCAUCAACAGUUUACAGUGGGUCGUAAUAACAUUUGACAAUCCUGUCACCGAAUUUUGAAACAACUGAUCUAUAUAUUUUGGAAUCCUCCAUCGCUAACAAUAUGAUACAAGCGACUACUGAGUAUUCCAACAGAACGGAUAGCAUGCUUCUGCCGACGGAAGCCAAGGAAUACCGGGUAUCCUUACAGGAGCAGAUCAAGCGAAUGAAAGAGGCAGAGGCCGACUGCAAUAUGUUGAUUCAGCAAGCGAAACCAACCACAGCUUUGUCAUGUCCGCCUGUCUGGGACCACAUUAUGUGUUGGAACGCCACAGAAUCCGGGGCCACGGCCACACAACCAUGUCCUAGCUACAUCCACAAGUUUCUCCUGCACGGAUUUGCCCAGAGAACCUGUACAGAGAAUGGCACUUGGUACAUCAACCCCACCAUAAAUCGGUCAUGGACAGACUUUAACGGGUGUGUGGCGCACGGAAAGGGGCGACAAUCCCUAUAUCAACACCUUGAUCGCAUUCAGAUCAUGUCAAUCACCGGCUAUACGAUAUCCCUUGUGUCACUGACCGUGGCUGUUGGUAUACUUCUUCACCUCAGAUACAGGACUGUUUUAAAGUGUAAACGAACGCAAUCCAACAUCACGAUGCUCCACAUUAACCUAUUUCUUGCCUACAUCCUCCGAUCUGCUACAUCGAUACUGAAGGAUUAUUUCCUCAAGGACGGUUUCGCUCUCUCCAAAGACAUUCGUCAGACUGGGGAACUGUUGGGGAUCAUGGACAACAGCCUGCACUGGGAGUGUAAAUUGCUGGUUACAUUCUUUGUGUAUACAUUGGUGGCCAGCACGUUCUGGCUCACACUGGACGCCCAUGUUCUGCGAAAACUCAUAGACGUGGAUCUGAGGUACCUCCAAAGGAAGAAAUACACUCGCCUCCACAUAGCCUUAGGAUGGGUGGGCCCGUUGCUUGUUGUUGUUCCCUGGGUUCUGUUUCGGAUAUUUACAGAAGAUUAUCUAUGUUGGAACACAAAUCCCAAGCUAUGGACGGUAUGGUUAUACAGAGCUCCUAUCAUACUCAUGAAUCUCGCUAACGUGGUGUAUUUCAUCAGGAUUGUUAAGUUUAUGUACGGAAGAGUAAGAAAAAAUUGCUCGACAAGAACACCAAACCACAACAGAAGCACUGUUUUGAAGAUGACAAAGCAUAUCUGUAUCCUGAUCCCACUUUUUGGAGUCCCAUACAUCAUCUUCACGGCCAUGUCAUUUAUACUCGAUGCCGCUUAUUUGUAUGCGGAAAUGUUUUUCAGUUCCUUCCAGGGUUUCCUGUUGUCCGUGACGCUGUGUUUCACCGAUAAGCGGGUGGUGCAGGAGCUUCGACAAGUUGUUUUACGGUGUAUGAACACGAAAUUCAAUAAUGGCGUGGGUAGGAAGGUGUCGCAGAUCUCUACUGGGAGGACAGUCGUGUCGGAGAUCUCGUGAACUCCUGUGUGUGACCAGACUAAGUUUGUGCUCCGAUGUGUUCCGUGUGAAGAGUCCGACGUAACCCUAACUUACUGAUUUAAGCAGGCAUUAUCUCGCUCCCGAUCCCCGCUUACGUUUGUCUUGCAUUAUAUUUUAACAUGACAUUAUAGCUUUAAGAAUUGUUAGCUGUACAUUUUAAAGGAUAGUUUUUAAUGACUAAAUUCCCGUUGGUUUUUUGUUUAUUUGUUAUGUACUUUGCAGAUUUCACUCCUCAUUUGACAUCGUUUAUUGAUGCAAUAGUCAGUGAUGUGAUGACUUACAUUGAUAUCGGAUGAGCUGUGAUUGUAUUUAUUAGCGAUUAUUGAUACAAUGUAUCAUAGUCUGUGAUUGUAUUUGAUGUCUCUCAUCCAUAUCUCGGUCUGUUUAUUGCAUUUGACGGCUUUCAUUAGGGCUUCGCAUUAAGAUGCAUGCACCCUAUUGUGAUAAUAUUGUCCGCUGGUCUGUCCAUUUUUCCAUCGACACUUUUGUUGUGAUAAUUCAAUCCGUUUGCAUCAUUUUUGCCAAUUUUAUACAAAGGGAGUUAGUAGCUAUAAAUCAAGGACUCGCACUGAAAACGUAGACGUGUUAUAGGCAUUACAUUGUACGUCUGUCUGUCUGUCUGUGGACGUGCUAUAGGCAUCACAUUGUACGUCCGUCUGUCUGUGGACGUGCUAUAGGCAUCACAUUGUACAUCCGUCUGUCUGUGGACGUGCUAUAGGCAUCACAUUGUACGUCCGUCCGUCUGUCUGUGGACGUGCUAUAGGCAUCACAUUGUACGUCCGUUUGUCUGUCUGUGGACGUGCUAUAGGCAUCACAUUGUACGUCCGUCUGUCUGUCUGUGGACGUGCUAUUGGCAUCACAUUGUACGUCCGUCCGUCUGUCUGUGGACGUGCUAUAGGCAUCACAUUGUACGUCCGUCUGUCUGUCUGUGGACGUGCUAUAGGCAUCACAUUGUACGUCCGUCUGUCUGUCUGUGGACGUGCUAUAGGCAUCACAUUGUACAUCCGUCUGUCUGUGGACGUGCUAUAGGCAUCACAUUGUACGUCCGUCUGUCUCUGUGGACGUGCUAUAGGCAUCACAUUGUACAUCCGUCUGUCUGUCUGUGGACGUGCUAUAGGAUCACAUUGUACGUCCGUCUGUAAAACUUUCAUAUUUUACACUAAGGUAGUUAACAUUAACGAAAAAUAACUAUAAAUGUUUUGGGCUUGUGAGGUCAACGAUUACAACAAACCUUAAAUAUUUUACUUUACUAUGCCUUCAAUAGAUAGUGUAACACAAUGAAAUUGAAACUUAUCUAGCAUAAAGCUUUCAUGUACGAAGUUUGGAGACUUAUUGUUUUAUUCUUAACCGAAUUGUAAUCAUAUAAUCAGUGGCGGAUUUAAUUUAAUUUUCAAAUGUUCCUGUUAAGAAAAAAAAACUGAUAAAAGAAUCAAUAAUAUUUUUUCACUCUCGGAGAAAUAAAUGACAAGGUCUUUUAUUUUAUUGAGUUACUUUUAUUGGGAGAAAUUAUAUAUUUAAAAAAAAACACCUUUAAAUUUGUGUUAUUUUUAUAAUUUCACAUCAUUAAAAAUGACAGAAAAUAGUAGAAUUGACUGCACAGGAGACAUUUGAAGCCCUGUUAAAAUCCAGGAGCUUCUAGGGGUUUCGCCCCCUGGACCGACAGGCAGAUGUAUCGCUUGUGUUUAAAUUACUCUUUAAUAGUAAAUUCGAAUCCAAGCGAUAUAAUUGCCCGUGCCUGGACCCACUGGGGAUCUUAAGGCGCCCCCAACCUCCUAUCCUCAAUUGCUGGAUCCUCCAUGAUAAUAUGGUACCUAUAUAAUUUUUCCACAAUAAAAAGUACUCGUAUCCAAGCAAUUAAAAAUGAAAAUUAAGAUGCUACACGUCUCCCAGGUUUUCAACUUUCUCAGAAACCGACUUCUUCAAACAAUGUUUGAUGCUAACCGAUGGACUGCUUAAAGAUGUAUCAGCCAACUCCAAAAGAUCACAUAAUAAAUAUAUGUGAUAACUUUUACAGGGACCACGAGAUGCUCGUCCAUGGUAUUUUUAUUACAAUUAACGAGUUCGGUUAUACAGUAAAACUGUUUCGUUCCCUUCUGUUUCGUUAGAUUUGCUUUUGUUUCGUUUCGUUUCGGUAGAUUUCACUUCGCAUUUUACAGGUUCCCAAAAAUUGUCAGUAUUCUCUGCUUUUAUCUAAAAUCAAACUUGGUGUGCAUGUUCCCCAUUUCGUUGAUGUCAAGUGUGAGACAGGAAGUACACUCAAGGUUAUACUUUAUAGCAGAAAUCUAUCUUCAAUUUGGUAUUUUAAAAUAAACCAUCUUAGAACUAACAUUUCAUCAAUACUCUCCGAUAGUAGAGAAGGCGCCGACAGGAUACCCUCACAGCCAUUUCAUGACCAAAUAAUGGUGCGUUUGGAUGUUACUUUUUUCUUUGAUUACUACAGCAUUACUGGAUAUAUUGGGUGGGCGUGUUUUCCAAUGUCAGCUCUUGUUAACUGUAAAAAGAUCACCGAUUCAAUAUGUUGGCGAUACCUACAUGUAUUUGAAUAGCUUUUGGCAGUACCUGUAUAUUCCAUCUUUCAAUAAGUACAAUAUAUCUCGCACAAACGGAUCGUCGCCACUAAUGUAUCAUCGAAAUAAUUUGGAGACUUUGUAUAUUUUUGUAUAUUGUGUAUGUAAUCUGUGUUAGUUGUUGAAUCCAUUCCAGUGUAUGUUUUAUACUGUACUGUAAUCCAAUAUCUACCAUACAAAAGGUCAUUUCGCCACCUUUAUGACUUUAAUAAUAAAUCAAGAGAAUGAAAUAUUUUCACGUUGAACUUUCAAUAUUAAUUUAAAGAAUAAAUGUCUAGUUUAUUGUG